GGUGAGGAUUCAAGCUGCAGUCACAAUUGUAGAUCCAGACAGCAGUCCACAACAUCACAUGGAUUCACAAUUCAGUAGUCGUCUCAUUGAUGUUGAAGACUCACUGUCCGGGGCACAAAACUUUCUGACACAUUAUGAAAGCAUGCUGUGGAUGAUGGCAUUUGGAGCUGCUAUGUAUGGGAUAACCAUUCCCCUGGUGGCCUACCACAUCUUCUGUGGAACCGGAAAGGGCAGCACUGACAAAGACACGAUGCCGAAAUCCAUCUAAGGUUACCUCUAAAGCUUUAGGGUUAAGCUAAGGGUCCUUCAGAAGUAAAUUUUUUCAUUCUGUCUUCUAUAUGGUUGUUGGAUAUUUAGUAAUAGUUCUUUUUUUCUGUCCUUUGCUAAACUGAUACCCUUGUCUCUCUGUUUUCAAACUUGUUCCAUGGUAAAAAGGUAGGAUUUGAGUUUUUGCUACAACCAUAAGAACCAGAACAACUUUAGACCUUGAUCGACUUGAUGGAUCCAGAUCGGAUGAUAGUAUUAGCCAUUUAUGAUUUGAUAAAUCUUACAGACUUGUUUUACUUACUAAUGUGACACCUAUCAUAUCAUUGAAGCAAGUUUUGUUUUCAUUUCCAAAGUUUGAUUGUUGCAUGACAAAAUGUUUGUUAGUUUGUAUGACAUUUCCCAUCACAAAAAUAAAAGGGAAACAUUUUACAUCACUAUAAAAUAUAAAGGAUUUGAAUCCUCAUCCACCACCACUGUUGCUGAUGAUGGAAGAACUUAUUUCAAUGUCAAUGAACACAAGUUCAACCAUCUGUGUGGAAUUGUGAUUAUUUUAACUUAAAAAGGGACAUCUAAAGAUAUGACAUUUUGUCGUUCAUUUUUUAUCUGAAUACAAAAAAUGAAUACAACAUAGGAGCAUGUUUCCAAUUAAUUUACAUACUACCCGGUGGCAAUAUUGCCAAACAGAGUGUACAAGUUUUAAGGGGAGAGGUUGAUUCUUAUAAUUCAGAUUUGCUAACGUUGAAUAUCUUAACUUCACAAAUAAAGUUGGCGUAUUAUGAGACUAAUUUGUACUCAUGUCAAUGAUCUGAACUGUUCAUCUCAUAUGAUAAGAUGAGAAGAACAUGCAUGCAAAAAAUUAGGUUGAUCAAACAAAUAAUUACAUGAUCAAAUCACAUAUAUAUUAUAGCACCUAGGUGAUAUAUUUUUAAGAACAUGUAGGUGGUAUAGAUAAAAAUGAUCUAAUAAUGACAAUUGAUGUUGGAUCAAUUCAAUUUUUUGCAUGGAUAAAUUUUUU